CUCCUCCUCCCUUCUUAUCUUCCUCCUCCCAGUGACUCACCCCCCUCCUCCUGCCCUUUAUAGCUUCCCUCGGCGACGGCAGCACAGCCACAAUCACAAUCUCCCGUUGAUCAAUUACCUGCUUUCGUUCCUCUCAUCUGAUCUGAUCGGCAUGGCGACCCAGAUGGACGCGUACCUUCUCCUCGGCCGCGCGGCCUGGAUGGCGCCCAAGAUCGCCUACCACGACGAGCAGGACGACGACGACAUCGGCUCCGCCUCAGACUCCGACUCCGAGGCCACGUCCUCCUCCUCCGACCUCGCCGACGACGUCAGCUCCUCCUCCUCAAGCUCCAGCUCCAGCUCCAGCUCCGCCGACGACCUCUUCGAGAUGUCCGCUCUCAUGACGCACCUCCCCAUCAAGAGAGGAUUGUCCAGGUUCUUCGACGGCAAGUCGCAGUCAUUCGCGUCGCUGGCCGCGGUGGGCUCCCUGGAGGACCUGGCCAAGCCGGCCAGGAAGCGCCUCAACCCGUCGCGGAGCUGCGGGGGCGGCCUCGCCGCGCGCCGGGACCGGGUCCUCUCGCCGCGCCGGCACUGCCCCAAGGCCGCCAGGAAGGCGGCUGCCAGGGCCGCGCUCUCGGUGCUCGGCGGCGGCGGAUCGCCCAGGAGGGUGAUCGUCGGCAACGUUCUGCUUGUUAGUUAGGUGCUCGGCUCACGCGGCAAUGCCAACGGCUGUUGGUUCUUCUUUUCCACUGUGUUCCGAGUUCUUUGUGGCAGAAGAGACUGUACUAGAAAUCAACGGCAGAAUUUGGAUGGUUACUUCAGUGGAAAUACCAUGCAACUUCAGCCUAUGAAUUCCCAACUCUCAGUGUGAAUAUUUAUAAACCCACCCAUUUGACGAA